AUGAGUGAAUCCGCUAUCAGCGCUCUGGAGGAUCUCAGUCCGGAAAUGUUGCGCCUUCUGCUUGAGCAGCUCGAGCCGGCCAACACGGAUGCAGGUGCCAGCCUGUCGAGGCAGAGCUCGCUGACCGCCCCUGGGAUUGCCAAGUCAGUAAGCGGCGACAGCACAUCCAGCAAGCGAAAGGCGGAGGAGGAGCUCUCUUCGACUAGGCGGUCGAAGAGGAUCAGACAGAAAUCACAGAGGAAACCGACCGAGCAAUCGCUACGAGAGAAGAUCCAGUACGCCUGGUGGCUCCUGGAGUCGAAUCGGACACAUCAUCCGAUCUGCAAUCCAUGUCGAGAAAUGCGCUAUCACGACUGCGUCACCUAUACCACAAUCGAGGUGUCCCAAUCACUCCCCGUCGUCUUGCGGAACCUCAAAUACCAGAUGGAGCUCCUCACCGAGCUCAUCGACAUCCACGAGCAGCUGAGGAGUCCUUUGGCGGAGACGCUAAUCACCAUGCACGACGACCUCGCGGAGCGGUUCGACGAGCUCCUUCCGAUGCUGGGGGGCGCUCGGGCGUAA